AUGGCAAAACUGAAAAUAAAGGAGAACCACUGCCCUCUACUGUUCUAUUUAUGGGAGCGGACAUGGACAACACUGUGUAGCUCUGUUUGUAUCGGAGGAAGCGUCUUCUAGGGUUUUCUCUGAAUCCAUCAAGUUGCCGAUAUGAAGCUCACCGUUAAGACUCUGAAGGGCAGCCAUUUCGAAAUUAGGGUUCAGCCCACUGACACCGUCAUGGCCGUUAAAAAACAUAUUGAAGAUGUACAAGGAAAAGACAACUAUCCAUGUGGACAACAAUUAUUGAUUCACAAUGGGAAGGUUUUGAAAGACGAAAGUACAUUAGUAGAGAACAAGGUUUCUGAAGAUGGUUUUCUUGUUGUCAUGCUUAGCAAGAGCAAAACUAUGGGCUCGUCUGGAGCCUCAUCCAACCAGUCUACUCCUGCAACUGCACCUCCUGCCACUGCACCAACCCCUAGUCCUGCUUCUGUUCCUGAAGCACCUGUACAGGCACCGGACCCAAAGGGCACCACAUCUACAUCUGAUGUAACAACGGCCAAUGUCCCUACUGAUGUAUAUGGUCAAGCUGCUUCCAAUUUAGUUGCUGGUAAUAAUCUCGAACAGACUAUUCAACAAAUAAUGGACAUAGGUGGUGGCAACUGGGACAAGGAAACUGUUACUCGUGCACUACGGGCGGCUUACAAUAACCCAGAGCGAGCUGUGGACUACUUAUAUUCUGGAAUUCCAGAAGCGGCAGAAGUUUCUGUACCAGUGGCCCGUUUUCCUGCAAAUCAAGGAACCGCUGGAGUUAAUCCUGCAACUGAAACUGGUGCGGCUGCUGCUGCACCAGUCUCUGGGGCACCCAAUUCAUCUCCCCUAAAUAUGUUUCCUCAGGAGACCCUUUCUGCUGCAAGUGGCGGUGGGCUUGGGUCCCUUGAUUUCCUUCGAAACAACCCACAGUUCCAAGCAUUGCGGUCAAUGGUGCAAGCAAAUCCACAGAUUUUGCAGCCUAUGCUUCAGGAGUUAGGCAAGCAGAAUCCCCAGCUUUUAAGAUUAAUUCAGGAUCACCAUGCAGAGUUUCUUCAAUUAAUAAAUGAGCCUCUUGAAGGUUCUGAAGGGGAUUUAUUUGAUCAACAAGAGCAGGACAUGCCUCAUGCUAUCAAUGUUACGCCAGCAGAGCAGGAGGCUAUUGAACGACUCGAGGCAAUGGGAUUUGAUAGAGCUCUUGUCAUUGAGGCAUUUUUAGCUUGUGAUCGCAAUGAGGAAUUGGCAGUCAACUACCUAUUGGAGCAUGCUGGAGAUUAUGAGGAUUGAACGGUAAUUUUAAAUGAAUAUUAUCAAAGUUGUCCGGAGUUUUUGUGAAAACCGCACAACUUUAUUCAAGAUUUGAAGGGACUCGUUUGUUCGUAACCUAGUAUGGUUUUCCUUGUAUGAUUGGGUGGUGCUUCAACUGGUUCAAUUGUUGGUCAAGAAAGGUGAUAUUUUCAUCGUCUCAAAGAAGGCUUGGGUAGAUGCUGAUGUGGGAUUGCGUAGCGCUUGAUUUGUGACAAUUCUUUGUUUUGUUCCCUGUUUUAGGCUUACGGGACCUGCUGAUUUGUUUUAAGUCUGAAUUUUUUAGAAAAUAUGCAUUUAUGUUUUUCUUUACAUCUUGUUUAAGAUUUGUGGAAAACGUUCAUGUUGCUUUCAAGCAUUUAUAUAUUUAUGAAAGCCAAAGGCGGUCAUGUUUUUACAGGUAUAUACAAAAAAUUGUGCGACCUCUCAACUUUUCAUUAGGCUAGCAAGUGGUGAUUCUUAAUGCAAGUAGCUGAAUAUUUUUGUGA